AUGUGCCUGCCCGCUAGCCAGUCUAGUUCUAGUCUUGUCUGUAUCUGUUUAUUCGUAUCGUAUUAUUCACCGAGCUCUCUGCUGCCUUGCCUCUUUGAUUUCCCUGUCCUGCCGUCAGUCUUUCCCUAUUGGAGUGUCAACUAUAAUCCAGCUAAGGACUCUCUGUCUGUGGUAUCUCCGAGCGCUGCUACAACUCUUGCGCUGUCCAGCCGCAGUGCGCUUCGGGCGCGUAAUUCUGCGCUCUUCUCGGACCGCUGCAGUGCGCUGUCCAGCACGGACUCUGCUGAAGAUCUGACCGCCUCUCUCUCUCUCUCCCACCAGGAUUCCUUCUCUGUGCCCUGCAAGGAUUUCAGCAAAACAGUAAUUAGUAUCAUCAAUCAUCCUGACUAUAACCCAAAUACUUAUGACAAUGACAUAGCGCUGGCUCAGCUCUCAUCUUCUGUGAAUUUCACCGAUUAUAUUCGACCGGUCUGUCUGGCUGCUGCUGGUAGUGUACUUGAUGAAGGACUUUCAAGUUGGGUCACAGGAUGGGGGUAUAAUGAACACUUGAGAUUUUCUAACAUACUGCAGGAGGUGGAGAUUCCAAUUGUGAGCAACCAGAACUGCAGUAUUGCCUAUAAUGGAAGUGUUAAUAUCACAGACAACAUGAUGUGUGCUGGACGGUUAAAUGAUGUUUUUAAAGGUCCAUGUCUGCUUGAUGAUGGAGGACCACUGGUCAGUAAGCAGGGAUUACAGUGGAUUCAGACUGGAAUUACCAUUAUGGAUGAUGCAUGUUUAGAGAAAAACAUUACCGGUGUGUUUACCAGAGUCUCUCAAUAUCAGGACUGGAUCAACUCUCACAUAUCCAACGAAAAGCCUGGAUUUAUUAGAGUCAACUUUACCACCCCGACUCCUAAUACCACUCCUGAUCCCAAUCCCAUUCCUGAUCCCAAUUCCACUCCUGAUCCCAAUCCUGAUCCCAUUCCCACUCCUGAUCCCUAUCCUUAUAUUCCUGAUAUCUUCAGUAGAAGUUCAUCCAGUCUUCAGUUAUUUCCUCUUUCCCUCACAUUCUCCAUCUUCUCUCUCAUCUUCUGUCUCUUUAUUAUUUAAAGGUUGAUGUACAAACAUUGGUUGUGUUUUUUUUUUUGAUGAAGGUAAACUAUAGAUAAGGACAAGAGCAGAUUGAUUUGUCUUGUAGUUUGUUUUUAUUUGCCUUUUUAAGAAAAUAACUAGUUUAGUUCAUUUGAUAGGAAACUUUGUGGUUAAAAUUCUGGGUUAAUCAAGAUGUGUAUCUCAAGAAAGUACUGAUUUGAUAUGUGAUUUAAAUUUGGCUUACAAAACUCAAAAUGCAAUACCUUUCGGAAACAAACUCUUAUCUUCUCCUUGGUUUAACUCAGAUGGUUUAAUUACGAUCUGCACUUCUACGGUGAGAUCUCAGCUCAAUAUAUCUGUAUCUCAAUAUAUCUAACUGCAAUGUGAUCUGAUAUAGUUUAAAUUGUGAUUAACUCUUGUUUACUCUUGUUGUAAUCACUCAAACAAAAUAAACUACUGC